CAAUUUGACUGAAAUAGUGAAGUGUGUUUGAAUGAGGAAAUCAGUCCACCACAGUGUACAGCCAUGUUGCUGUAGUGUUAGUAGAGAGGGACUAAAACAAGUGCUAAAAUGGAAGUGGAACAACAAUGGGAUGCAAGGGAACAAGUCUUUCAUGAUGCAGUUAGAGAAUAUUUGAUUGACUUUCUGUUUUUUACCAUAUUGUACCUGUCAUCGUAUGCAGUGAUAUGUCGAUACAAGCGACGAACUGAUAGAGAGGAUUUGUACUCUGCUGAUGCAGAGGAUGCUAUGGUUUACAGCAUUGCUCUAUGGCUCUGUACCUUUACAAUGGCUGUAUCAGUUGGGACUGUUCUACUACUCCCUCUCUCUAUCAUCAGUAAUGAAGUUCUCCUAUGGAACCCUAAGAGCUUCUACAUCCAGUGGCUGAAUGGCUCUCUUAUUCAUGGUCUAUGGAACUUGAUCUUCCUGUUUUCCAAUUUGUGUCUUUUUGUGCUUCUGCCAUUUGCAUACUUUUUCACGGAAUCUGAGGGAUUUCCAGGCUCUAAAAAGGGCAUCAGAGGACGUGUGUAUGAGACAUUCAUGGUGUUACUAAUGCUGAGUAUUUUAGUCUUUGGUCUCGUAUGGGUGUUUAGUGCAUUACUGGAUGAUACAGACUCCAGCAGGGAAACAUUACAGAGAGUGUCAACAUCAUAUAUUCCAUAUCUGUAUUCAUGCAUGGCACUGUUGGGAGUUCUCAUGUUACUCAUUUCAACACCUUUAGGCUUUGCCCGAUUAUUCUCUGUUAUUGGAAAACUGGUUGUGAAACCACAAUUCAUGGAAAACAUUGAUGAGGAGUUUCACACAGCGAAGUUUGAGGAAGAAGAUAUUCUAAGAAAAAUACAAGUGGACCAAGAAUUAGCUAAUGGUCAUCUAUCACAGCUGCGAGAGCGUCUCUCGGAUGUGACUCGCGAGCGUAAGAUCCUGGAGCGGAGGCGGAGAGCUUCCUUCUUCCAGCGUAUCGUUGGUUAUCCACUGGUCUGGAUUCUGCUCUUCCUCCUCACUGUUCUCUCUCUGUGCAUGGUGGGAUGGAAUGUGGUGAGAUUACUCUUUGGGAUUGGAGCCUUGCCAGUCAACAUCACGGAGGCUGGCCUAGGGAAGGUGUCACUCUCGAGGUUGGGUGCUUUUGGUGCAUUGCUUGAAGUCUGUCUAAUUUUUUACCUAAUGCUUGCCUCUAUGGUUGGUCUGUAUGCAAUGCCCGUCUUCAGAAGACUGGUUCCUAAGAGGAGAGAUACACCCAUGACUAAACUCAUUGCUAACUGCCUUGUAGUACUCAUCUUGAGCUCAGCACUGCCAGUCUUAUCCAAAAUGCUCGGAAUCACAAAUUUUGACCUACUUGGUGAGUAUGGCAGAUUAAACUCACUCCACAAUUUUUACAUGGUGUUGGCCUACAACGCAACGUUUGGCGUAGCGACUUCGUCUUGCCUCGUCAACAAGUUCACAGCAUCGGUACGGAAUUACAUCGUAAACAACGUGCGAGUCUAUGUCUACAAGAUGCGCAGGACAACAAAACUGAGGCCGGCAUGGAACGCGGUUAAUGUCGUUGCAACGGCAAAUGGGACUGCGACAGGGAGCAAGAAUGACUGAAUAAAAAAAAAACUUCAGAUAUCCAUCCUGUGUACAUCCGUUCUACAGUACAUACUUCUUGCAAGUAUAUCAAGACCAGCUUGCAGAGGUCAGAGGUUAUAGGUCAAGACUGUGUAGACCGCUUAACGGGUGUUGCGCCAGCCACCGUAGAGACUGUGCUUCAUGAAGGAUCACCAUUCACCCUGCAUGUAGCAGCAAGUGAUGUUCAUUCAAAGGCUGAAAACAGAAAAAGACUGUCACAACCAUAGCUGCAUCUGUCUGUGUUUUGGUUUGAUUGUGUUAUUAUCUUCAAUGUGUGUGAUUUUGAUGAAGUUUGUGAUCAUUAUUUUUGCCAAAGGUAUGUCUUUAUCGAUUUGAUUUGAUUAGGAUAGGUGCUGUGGACAUAAUACAGCUAUACAGAUUUGUACUUCCUGUUGACAUGUUUAGUUCAAUUCAAUAAGUUAACAUUGAUAACCUAUGUCAGAAAAUUACUUUAAAAUAUAAGAUUUAAUGAUGAAUGGUAUGCAUUUUACAGUUUUACAAUUUUACCAUUUCACUAUUGUUUAAUUUGUCACAUUAAUAUUUGUGUUCCUAUUAUUGUUAAACAAGGAAUUGACAAUGUCACGGCUUCUUUAUUGUCCAGUGUAUCUGCAUCUAAUCUAUAUUUACACACAUAGUUUGAUUAGUUUAUGCAUUUGGUCAUAAUUUUAAUGGAGGACUUUUCAGCUUGAAUAGGGGUCAAGUAUAUAAUUUUAAAUUUAAAAGAAACUGCACAAUCAAAAGAAAAAGGGGAUGAGUCCAGAAUUUGACUGGCUAAGUAUCAGCCCUAUCUUGCCAUUAUAAUUUGUCCUAAAGACUAUAUUAUCAAUAGUGAUGUGGAAAGGUGGAAGGUAUUGGAAUGAAAAUCAAAUAUUCAUUGUUCAAAAUUUGUUUCUGGGAAGGGCCAGUUCUGAUAUUUAGAUGAUAUUUUGUGGUACAGAUGUAGCAUUCAGUCAGUGCUCGUACUUUUACAAAAUUCAGUUUUUUU